AUGGACCUGAGGGCAGUUCUGCCUAGGAGGGCCGACCCCACUGAGUUGAAAGCCAUUUUUGAAAAGUAUGCCAGCAUCAAGAAGAAUGAGGAGUCCUUCAUGUCACCGGAGGACUUUGUGGGCCGUUUCCUCCAUGCCCACACAAACAUUCGGCUGUCAGACGAGGCCACAAAACUGCUGGCUGGUGUGGUGGACCAAAAGAAAGAUGGGCUGAUCUCCUUUCAAGAGUUUGUUGCGUUCGAAACGGUGCUGUGUGCUCCAGACUCUCUAUUCAUGGUUGCCUUCCUGCUGUUUGAUAAAGCGGGGAAUGGAAUGACCACUUUUGGGGAUGUGAAGCAGGUCUUCAGCCAGACCACCAUCCACCAACACAUCCCCUUCAACUGGGACAGUGAGUUCAUACGGCUGCACUUUGGCAUGGAGAGGGACAAGCAGCUCAGCUAUGGAGAGUUCACUCAGUUUCUUCUGGAGAUGCAGCUGGAACACGCGCGGCAGGCUUUUGUCCAGCGGGACCAAGCCCACAGCGGCUCCAUCUCAGCCCUGGACUUCAGGGACAUCAUGGUCACCAUCCGCCCGCACAUGCUCACACCCUUCGUGGAGGAAUGCCUCGUGGCGGUUGCGGGAGGCAGCACAUCUCAUAAGGUCAGCUUCUCUUACUUCAACGGCUUCAACUCACUUCUCAACAACAUGGAGCUGAUCAGAAAGAUCUACAGCACCCUGGCUGGCCACCGCAGAGAUAUUGAAGCUACCAAAGAGGAGUUCAUUGUGGCAGCUCAGAGAUUUGGCCAGGUGACACCCAUGGAGGUGGACAUCCUUUUUCAGCUGGCUGACCUGUCAGAGCCUCGUGGGCGUGUUGGUUUAGUAGACAUUGAGAAGAUCGCUCCUCUGGAGGAGGGCGCCCUGCCCUACAACUUGGCUGAAGUCCAGAGACAGCAGCAGUUGGGCAGUGACGGCUCCCGCCCCAUCCUCAUCCAGGUUGCAGAGUCAGUCUACAGGUUCGCCCUUGGAUCAGUGGCAGGGGCUGUGGGUGCCACAGCCGUGUAUCCCAUCGACCUGGUGAAGACACGCAUGCAAAACCAGAGGAGCAGCGGCUCUCUGGUGGGAGAACUCAUGUACAAGAGCAGCUUCGACUGCUUUAAGAAGGUGGUCCGCUACGAGGGCGCCUUCGGCCUUUACCGAGGUCUGGUACCACAGCUACUGGGUGUGGCGCCCGAGAAAGCCAUAAAGCUCACAGUGAAUGACUUCGUGCGAGGAAAGACCAGGCAGAAAGAUGGCACGGUCCCUCUGCCUGCUGAGAUCAUGGCUGGUGCAUGUGCUGGUGGCUCCCAGGUAAUCUUCACCAAUCCACUGGAGAUUGUAAAGAUCCGUCUGCAGGUGGCAGGAGAGAUCACCACAGGGCCGAGGGUCAGUGCCCUGUCUGUCAUCAGAGACCUUGGCUUCUUCGGACUUUACAAGGGUUCCAAAGCUUGUUUCCUGCGGGACAUCCCCUUCUCAGCCAUUUACUUCCCCUGCUACGCUCACGGCAAGACUUACUUCUCUGAUGAGGAUGGGCGGAUAGGGCCAGCCAAGAUGCUGCUUGCUGGAGCUCUGGCAGGCAUGCCAGCGGCCUCUCUGGUGACCCCAGCAGACGUGAUCAAGACCAGGCUACAGGUGGCAGCACGUGCGGGCCAGACCACCUACAGCGGCCUGGUGGACUGCUUCUGGAAGAUUCUCAGAGAAGAGGGACCCCGAGCAUUUUGGAAAGGAGCUGGAGCUCGAGUGUUUCGAUCUUCGCCCCAGUUUGGUGUGACCCUGGUGACCUAUGAGCUUCUGCAGCGCUGGUUCUAUAUCGACUUUGGAGGACAAAAACCGGCUGGCUCAGAGCCCACCCCCAAGUCUCGGAUCAGCCUGCCGGCGCCCAACCCAGACCACAUCGGAGGCUUCAGGUUGGCCGUGGCCACGUUCGUUGGCAUCGAGAGCAAGUUUGGACUCCAUCUCCCUCGAUACACAGUGGUGACGGAGGACCCCUCUAACGCCAGCACCCCCUGA